AACCACUAUUUGCUGAAUAUCUUCUUCGCAAAAAGCAAGUACCGAUGCCUAUGUUGUGUGCAGAUGAAAUUAAAACUGAACCAGCUGAGCUAAAUGAAGAUGGUGAUGGUGAAAAUGAUGUCACUCUUGCAAACAUUGUACCUAAAAUUGAAGCACCUGAAAGUGAUGACCAGGAUGAUGGUGACUUAAAUAGUCUUAAAACAUCAAAGAGGACUCGAGAAGCAAUGUAUAAAAGACCACAAAAAUUUAAAAGAUACAAACCUGGAUUUGAUAAUGCACCUGCUAAUUUUGCACUACCAGAACAACCAGUGGAAGAUUUUGACAUGUCGUAUUUGUUAGACUACAUUUCUGAAGAACAGGCACAAUUUGAAGAGUUAAAUAGAGAAACUAUGGAAGCUGCAAGAUAUAUAUCAGCAAAUUUACAUAAUAUGAAUGAAACAAAUGUUUUCCCAUCAAGUACGGGAACGAAUGACAACUGUAACAACUCAUCAUCAGAUGUCACAACAUCACGUCCUGAUUUUUCUGAUACAUUUUCAAGCAAAUCUUUAACUUCAUCUACAUUUGAAUCGUGUUCACCAGUUCCGAUUCGCCUACCUAUGUCCAGACCUGCUAAUACUGAAACAAAUAUGUCCAAAAAUUUGUCUUCCGAUAGUUCUAAUUUUGUCAGUUCAUCUAUUGGAAUAUCAUCGGAUAGUAGGAAUCAAUUUAAUACGGGAACACCACCACCAACAAGAACACCUCCAAUGCUAGGAAUGGCUGAAUCUGUUUCUGUAAAUGCGAAACCUACAGCUACCAUUUUACCUGUAGUUACAGUAUCUCCACUUGUCACUGAUAUUCAAACUUCUUCUUCAAAUGUUUCUUCAUCUGGAAAAUAUACAACAAGCUCAUCACAGUUAUCAACAAUAUCUUCAUCAACUUCAAGACCUUCAUCACAAACAGGACGACAAACAAUAUCAAUAACAUCACAGUUUUUAUCUCCGCCUACUUCUCAUUGUACAACAGUUAAUUCACCGGUAACAGCAGUUGCACCUUUGACUUUUUCCAGUUCUGAUCAAAAAAGCUCCAAUUUAUCAUCAUUAUCUACAAAAUCUGCUUCUGGUAUCAGUCCAAAAUCUGCAGAUUCGUUAUUACAGUCUAAGGAAGCAUGCACAAGUAGUUUUGAUCAUGUUAAUAAGUCAACCAGUAGCACUCCCAAGAUAUCACGAAAAUCGUAUAUUGGAAGUUUGGACAGAGAUCCUAGUAUUCAGUUGACACCUAGUAAUGCUAAAAACAUUAAAAUAACAAAUAUUAUAAGGCCAGGUUCUAAAGCAAAAACUGGUUCCAAACCACUGGUUCGAUCUACACCAGUAUUAACCAAGCAACGUAAUUUUUUGAAAACUAGCUCAGAUUUUCAAGAGAAGCAGUCAAACUUAAAUCUCUCAUUUGAUGAAUUUUCAGAGGAUGAAGAGGAUAAUACGGACUAUGUUGCACUUCUUGGAGCCCCACCCGCAAAUUUGGAUGAUUUUAUAAACAAGACUUAA